GCAAGAGGUCCCGCCGUGCCUGGCGAACGUGGGGACCUGAAAUCUAUGCCUUCAGAAUCUUCUCUGCAUUGCCAACAGCAACAAAAAAAUGAAUGGAUCUUUGGGGUUGGUAUCAUUUGAGGAUGUGUCUGUGGACUUCAGCUGGGAGGAGUGGAAGGACCUGGAUUAUGCUCAGAGGACCCUGUAUAAGGAUGUAAUGCUGGAGAUCUAUAGCAACCUGGUGUCCUUGGGGCACUGUGUUCCCAAACCUGAAGUGAUUGUGAAGCUGGAGCAAGGGUCAGAGCCAUGGCUGGGAGAAGCCCCAGACAGGAGUAUCACAGAUGGCCAGCAAGUAGAUGGUUUGAUUAAAAUGUGCCAGGAAAGUCCAGACAUACAGCGGUUGCAAGUUGUAAUCACCAAUAGCAACACAGUGGAGGAAAGAGUUAAGUUUUUAAGUGUAAAAAACGGAGCAGAUCUUACUACAAACUAUACCUCACUGUACAGCAGGAAACUCACAGAGGAGAGAUACUCUAUGAAUACAAUGAAUGUACUUAUCAGAAGUGAGAUCUCAGGAGGCUUCAGAGAACUCACACAGGAGCCAAAUCACAUGAAUGUAACACACUUGGAAAGUCUUUCAAGAAGACCCCAUCCCUCAGUGUGUAUCAGAGAAGACACACAGGAAAGAAAUCUAAUGAAUGUAAACCAUGUGGAAAGUCUUUCAAAUGGAAAUCACAGCUCAGUGUACAUCAGAGAACAUACAGUGGAGAAACCAUAUGAAUGUAACACAUGUGGAAAGUCUUUCAGCCAGAUGUCAUAUCUCUGCAGGCAUCGGAAAACACACACAGGAGAGAAACCAUAUGAAUGUAACACAUGUGGAAAGUCUUUCAGACUGAUUUCAUAUCUCCACAAACAUCAGAAAACGCACACAGGAGAGAAACCAUAUGAGUGUAACACAUGUGGACACUCUUUUGUCUUCAAGUCAAACCUCCAUAUGCAUCAAACAACACACACAGGAGAAAAACCAUAUGAAUGUAACACAUGUGGAAAGUCUUUCAGACUGAUGUCAUAUCUCCAUAAACAUCAGAAAACACACACAGGAGAGAAGCCAUAUGAAUGUGACACAUGUGGACAGUCUUUUGUCUUCAAGUCAAACUUCCAUAUGCAUCAGAUAACACACACAGGAGAGAAACCAUAUGAAUGUAACACAUGUGGAAAGUCUUUCAGAGAGAUGUCACAUCUUCGUAUGCAUCAAAGAACACAUACAGGAGAGAAACCAUAUGAAUGUAGCACAUGUGGAAAGUCUUUCCUCUCCAAGUCAAACUUCAAUGUUCAUCAGAGAAUACACACAGGAGAAAAACCUUAUGAAUGUAACACAUGUGGAAAGUCUUUCAGAUGGAUGUCCCAUCUUCCUCUGCAUCAGAGAACACACACAGGAGAGAAACCAUAUGAAUGUAACACAUGUGGAAAGUCUUUCAGAUGCACGUCACAUCUUCGUAUGCAUCAGAGAACACACACAGGAGAGAAAUCCUAUGAAUGUAACAAAUGUGGAAAGUCUUUCUACUACAAGUCCAGCCUUAGUGUGCAUCAGAGAACACACACAGGAGAGAAACCUUAUGAAUGUAACACGUGUGGAAAGUGUUUCCGACAGAUGUCACAUCUCUGCAGGCAUCAGAGAACACACACAUGAGAGAAACCUUAUGAAUGUAACACAUGGAAGGUCUUUCAGCAGGAUGUCAUGUCUCUACAAGUACCAGAGCACACACACAGAGAAAUCUUAUGAAUGGAAAGUGUUUCAGCCAGAAAUCAAACCUUGGCAGGCAUCAGAAAAUUCACACAUAAGCAAAACUUUAUGAAUGUAAAAAAAAUAUAGUAAGUCUCAAGAACAAUUCAGCCUUCACUAAGCAUCAGAGAUGCCAUAUGAAUGUAAGACAUGUGGAAAGUCUUUCAGGCAAAUAGAAAAUCUCUGUAUGCAUUAGAGCACAUGCAGGAGAGAAAUCUUAGGAAUAUAACAAAUAUGGAAGUCUUUCUACUACAAGUGAAGCCUCAACCUUCAUCAGAGAACACAGACAGGAACCUUAUGAAUGUAACAAUUGUGGAAGGUCUUUCAAGCAGAAGUUCAACAUCAGAAUUCACACAAGAGAGAAACCUUAUGAAAGAAAUGUGGAAAGAAUUCACCUACAAGUCAGAUGUUAGCAGACAUCAGAGUUUACACAGGAGAGAGCUCUACACUAAAUUGGACAGAUGGAAAUGAAGCUUCUAAGAGCUUUGAAUUUUUGUAUGAGACACCUUCAACCCCUACACCUCUUUUAAGAGUAUCAAAAAUUGGAAAGGUUGACGUUGAGCCAGCAUACUUUGGCCAAAUACUUAAUGGAACCAACUAUGUUGGACUAUGAAAUGGUGCACUUUCUGCCUUCUCAAAUUGCAAUAGAAG